UUCCAAUAGAUUGGAAUAGCUGAUGUCUCUUUUUUCUUCUCGACGACUUUCUCGGCAACCAAACAGGAGUCGGAAGGAUGGAUGAGAAGAGAGAGACAGACGGCGGCGCGAGGAAGAUACAGUCGCCGUGCGACGUCGAGGCCUUGAAGAAGUGCUUGGAGGAGAACAAAGGGGACUACGUCAAGUGCCAGUCGGAGAUUGAAGCUUUCAAGUCCUCCUGUUCCUUGAAGAAACCGGAUUCUUCUACCCCGAGCGCGAGAUCCGCAUGAAUCUUUUGCUGAUCCAUGAGAAUCCAGUUUCUUUGAUUUUCCAUUUUUUCUGUGUUUUGUUCACUACACAGCUUUGGUCUUCGAUACCAUUUGCCGAACUGAUGAAAUCAUUCAUAAUAAGGCUAAUAUGUUUCG